CAUGAGAGAAUGUGCAGCCUUGCUAAACAUGAGGCACCGGAAUCUUGUCAAAGUAUUAUAUGCAUAUGCUGGCGUUGAUCUUCAAUGUGAUGAUUUUAGAGCUCUUGUUUAUGAGUUAAUGAUCAAUUAAAGUCUAGAAGAAUGGUUGCAUCCAAACCAAACAUUGUAUCAGGAAGUGCAUGAGCCAAGAAAUCUUAAUCUCAUUCAGAGGUUAAACAUUGCAAUUGAUGUGGCUAAUGCGCUCGACUAUUUGCACAACCAUUGCAAAACGCCUAUUGCUCAUUGUGAUCUUAAGCCUAGUAAUGUUCUUCUCGAUGGAGAUAUGACUGCUCAUGUUGGGGACUUUGGAUUGUUAAAGUUCCUUUCUGAAGCAUCCUGUCAGACAAGCUCUGUUGGAUUAAAAGGCACCGUUGGCUACGCAGCUCCAGAGUAUGGCAUCGGAAGCGAGGUGUCAACUUUGGGGGAUGUGUACAGCUAUGGCAUCCUACUGCUGGAGAUGAUUACUGGAAAGAGACCUACAGAUAGCAUGUUUAAAGAUGGAAUAGAACUUCACAAUUAUGUUAAAAUGGCAUUACCUGACCGUGUAGUUGAUGUUGCGGAUCCGAAACUUGUGAUAGAAGUUGAUCAGGGAAAAGACGCUCAUCAAAUCCUGGAGUGUUUGAUAUCAAUUACCAAGGUAGGAGUGUUUUGUUCAGAAAAGUUUCCAGGAGAGAGAAUGGGCAUCAGCAAUGCUGUAGCUGUAUUGAAUCGAACCAAGGCCAAUUUUCUCGAAGGCAUGAACAGCUACCCUCCUAGAAGUUCCAGCUGGCCCUGCAGGGUCCAGGCGACUUCGAAGUGAGUGUGUGACAUGAGGAUUAAUAGAGUUCAAAUAUUGUAACUUGCUUAUUUGCAUUAGCAUGAGUCCUACCUAGCUACUAGUCCGAAGCGUCCCUGAAAGGGCACGAAACCUGUUUAAGUGCCUGUCUUGUUCAAGCAUUCUGUUCUGUGUAACUAAACGUUAUGCAAAAAUCAAGCACUCUCAUUUUACAUGUCA